AUGUCUGGAUUGAAAAUAAAAGUUAUAAGUCGCAACCCAGAAGACUAUUUGCGAGCUACUAAACGAGAUAUACAUAAAAUUCAGCGAAACUAUGACCCAACUCAACACCCUCUUGAGGCGCCUCGCGAAUACGUUCGAGCUUUAAAUGCUGUUAAAUUAGAAAGAGUGUUUGCUAAACCAUUUCUUGGCAGCCUAGACGGUCAUACAGAUGGUGUCUCCAGUAUGGCAAAGCAUCCCAACAGACUAUCUAUGUUGGCAAGUGGAGCAUUUGAUGGAGAAAUAAGGCUCUGGGAUUUAACAUCAAGGAAGUGUACCAGAAACUUCAUAGCGCACGAAGGUUGGGUCCGAUCAAUAUGUUUCACUCCAAAUGGCCAAACAUUUACUAGUGCCGGAGAUGACAAAACUAUAAAGACAUGGAAAUCGGAAGUAGAGAAUCCUGAUGAUGAAGACCCUAUGAACACUUUAUUAAGUAUGUCAGUAGUGUCUGGUGUUUCACAUCAUAGAGAUAAACCAAUUUUUGCUACAUGUGGAGAACAUUGUCAAUUGUGGGAAAGUACUAGAAAUGAACCUGUAAAGGUAUUUAAAUGGGGCGUAGAUAGUUUACAUCAUGUUGCAUUUAAUCAGGUUGAAAAUAAUUUACUAGCCUCAUGUGCAAGCGACAGAAGUAUUAUUUUAUAUGACUGUAGAGAAACAGCACCGUUGAGGAAAGUUGUACUAGAACUGAGGUCUAAUGCACUAUCUUGGAAUCCAAUGGAAGCCUUCAUGUUCACAGUUGCUAAUGAAGAUUAUAAUUUAUACACAUUUGAUGUAAGAAAGCUAAAGCAACCUGUAAACAUACACCUUGACCACACAUCUGCAGUCAUCGAUGUAGACUAUGCUCCGACUGGACGAGAAUUUGUGGCAGGAAGUUAUGACAAGACAGUUCGAAUUUUUGAAACAUUGAAAGGCCAUUCGCGGGAUGUGUAUCAUACGAAAAGAAUGCAAAGACUGACCUGUGUCAAGUGGUCUUUAGAUAAUAAGUAUAUUAUGACCGGUUCUGAUGAAAUGAAUAUUAGAAUGUGGAAAGCUAGAGCAUCUGAAAAAUUGGGUGUUUUAAAACCCCGCGAACGCACAGCCUUGAAUUAUGCUGACUCCUUGAAAGAGAAAUUCGCUGGUCACCCUCAGAUCAAACGUAUAGCGCGACACAGACACGUGCCGAAACACAUAUUGAACGCUCAGAAGGAAUUGAGGACUAUUCGGGAAAAGUCCAAGAAGAAGGAAGCCAAUAGACGGGCCCACAGUAAGCCUGGAGCUGUUCCCAUUGUGCCAGAGAGAAAGAAACAUGAUGUUAAGGAAGAUGAAUAA